GAGUGGGAGGUGGGGAUGGGGACGGGUGGAGCACGACUCCACAACAAGUAACAUUUUGAGCUCGUGGCGUCACUGCCAGUGGCGGGGUGUCUGCGUGGGGCUGAGGUUUCGGCUGCUCAACUCAUAUCCUUUUCUUAAAACUUUAGCCCUUCGCAAGGUAAAGAAAGACCAGAUAAAUCAUGGAGGAGGCAGCUGAACCCAAGGAACCAAAUAAAAUCCAGACAUUUGUAUUUUUUGAUUUGGAGACUACUGGCCUGACGGCUGGCAAUCCACGGAUUGUGGAGUUGUCCAUGAUUGCUGUAUCCAGAAGUCACCUGCUGGCAAUAAAGGACUCUGCCACACCAAAGCCUUCUAAUGCAAAUAAGGAGUUCUCAAACAGCCAGGCCAAUGGAGACUCAGUAACCAGUAAUUCAGAUGUUCAGAGGAAGAAUGCCAUCCCCAAACUGCCUCGUGUGUUACACAAAUACACAAGACUUUAUUAUCCAUGGAAAAUGAUGACUGCACAAGUGGAAGCAAUAAAUGGCCUUAAUAAUUAUGAUCUUGAUGGCAUGCCAAGUUUUAAUGAAGCAAGUGCACAGGCCUUGUUACUCUUUCUAGAUCUACCCAAGCCAGUAGCAUUGGUUGCCCACAAUGGUAACAGGUUUGAUUUCCCCCUCCUGAUGGCUGAACUCACUCGAGUGGGCUGUGUUGACAAGUUUCUGGACUUGCAGUGUGUAGACACUCUGCCUGCAAUUAAGGAUAUUGAUGCACUAAUAGAAAGGGAAGACAUAGUAGAAAUCACAAAGUUGGCUGAGUCCUUCAACAUUGAUGACCUGGAUGAUCACUUGCUGGAGGAAGGAUUCAUCCCUAGCAAGAGGUGGAGGUCAUCAGAAUGUGAUGAAGAGAAAGGCAAGCAAGGAAUUCUUAGCCAGAGCCGACUACCUGAGUCAGUCUCCUACAUAGGCCAAGGCAACCAGCACAGCCUGGAGGUGUCUGCUGCACCACUCAUGACCCCAGUGAAGAACCACCUCUCAGACCAGACCCAUGUCCCUACCACCCCAUCCAAGCUGGCUGCCCUACCUCCCCAGCCCAACACUCCUGAAGGCCUCCAGCCAGGUGUCCCUGGUCCCUCAGGUUUCCGUGCCAAAGUCACCAAGGAAUCCAGUAAGGUGCGCAGGACUCUGACUUAUGAUAACAAUGGCAAGAGAAAGCUUGGGAGAAGAGUGUCAUAUGCUCAGGUCAACAUCUACAAGCGGCUCUUUGACACAGAGUAUGCGGCGCAUCGUGCUGAGUCAGACUCUGAGGCUUUGAUGACCAUCUGUGGCCACUAUGGCAGCAAUUUUAUAGAGUGGGCAGAUACUUUUGCCACCAGCUUCUCCAAUUUUGAUCCAAUGUGGGUGAAAAGAAAGUCUUUCAGCACAAACCCGGAAGGAUAGCCAAAUGUUUUAUAUUAUACAUGUAAGAUUUUAGAUUAAUUUAAAGUUUUUAUUAUAUCUAUAUACAAGUCUGAUGUCCCCACAAAGGGAGUAGCAGAGACAAACCUUUUUAAUUUGCAGUAAUUAUAUUUGAUACUAAAGUGUACGUACUGUCAUUGUAAAAAAGACUAAGAAGUAAUUCUUACAGUUUUUAAUUUGUAGAACUGACAGCAAAAAUUAUUUUAUGGAAAUCUUAUACCAAAAAAAAAAAAAAAAAAUGUAUUAAC